AUGACGGUGGGCCAGUAUUCCGUCGUUAACCACAACGAGGGCUUUCCUAAACCUGAUUCUCAUAAGGUCACUGUCAGGGUGACCUCACCUUAUGGAAGUAAUUAUCACUAUGGGGAUCACGUGGAAUCGGGUAAUUUUGCGUUUACUGCGGCAGAGACUGGUGAUUAUUCAGCUUGCUUUUGGGUGUCUGAUCGUAAGCCCUCGACCACGGUGACCAUUGAUUUUGACUGGAAAACUGGAGUUGCUGCUAAGGACUGGUCCAAGGUUGCCAAGAAAGGGCAGAUUGAAACGAUGGAAGUUGAGCUGACAAAAUUAUAUGAUACUGUGUCAUCCAUUCAUGAUGAGAUGUUUUUUCUUCGUGAAAGGGAGGAAGAAAUGCAACAACUUAACAGAUCAACUAACUCCAAGAUGGCGACUUUUAGCUUCCUUUCCCUUCUGGUUUGCCUGUCAGUGGCCGGUUUGCAACUAUGGCAUCUUAAGAUGUUCUUUGAGAGGAAGAAGCUCCUCUAG